CAAAUCAAAGCUAAUACCACCAAAGAUUAUGGAAGAAACUGAAUAAUAACGCCUCUCCAUAAUCUGCAUUCUUUCACCGCCUCUCUUUCUCUCUCUAUUUAUUUAUUUAUUAUUAUUAUUAUUUUUUUUUGUUCUUUCUCUUAGAGAGAGAAAGUUUCUGUCUUUAUUCCCAUCCAUGUUCCCACUGUCCAGCCCGCCAACACAUCUCUGCCGUUGAUUCCUGGUCAUCAUCACAUCAUAUCAUCUCUCCCUCUACGCCAUCACUGCGUUCUUUAUACGGCCCCCAAAUUUCCCCUUUUAUUUCUUUUCUUUUCUCUCCUUUUAUUUUUAUUUUUUGGGGUAUUGUAUUUAAGUUUUAGGGUUUUCUUUUAUACAUUGAUCCAAAUUUGACCGUUACUGAGAGAGAAAGCGAACAUGGGUUUUUUUCCCCUUAUUUAAUUUAAUUUAUCUUUUUUGUUUAUUUCGGCUAUUAUGGAGCCGCGAGUUGGGAACAAGUAUCGACUCGGUCGAAAGAUCGGUAGCGGAUCAUUUGGAGAGAUCUAUCUCGGUACCAAUAUUCAAACAAAUGAGGAGGUUGCAAUUAAGCUGGAAAAUGUGAAGACAAAGCAUCCCCAAUUGUUGUAUGAAUCAAAGUUGUAUAAAAUACUACAGGGAGGAACUGGAAUUCCAAAUGUGAGAUGGUUUGGAGUUGAAGGUGAUCAUAAUGUCCUUGUGAUGGAUUUACUGGGGCCUAGUCUUGAGGAUUUAUUCAACUUCUGCAGUAGAAAACUGUCGCUUAAAACUGUUCUUAUGCUUGCGGACCAGAUGAUCAAUCGAGUUGAAUUUGUUCAUUCAAAAUCAUUUCUGCAUCGGGACAUCAAGCCAGACAACUUCCUUAUGGGCUUAGGAAGGCGUGCAAAUCAGGUCUAUAGUAUUGAUUUUGGUCUGGCUAAGAAGUACAGAGACACUUCAACCCAUCAGCAUAUUCCUUAUAGAGAAAAUAAAAAUCUGACGGGAACUGCAAGAUAUGCAAGCGUGAAUACUCACCUUGGGAUUGAGCAAAGCCGUAGGGAUGAUUUAGAGUCACUUGGAUAUGUUCUUAUGUAUUUCUUAAGGGGAAGUCUUCCUUGGCAGGGACUGAAAGCAGGAACUAGGAAGCAAAAGUAUGAUAAGAUUAGUGAAAAGAAAGUGUCAACUUCUACUGAGACCUUGUGUCGAGGUUAUCCUACUGAAUUUGCAUCCUACUUUCAUUACUGCCGGUCCCUAAGGUUUGAGGAUAAACCAGAUUAUUCUUAUCUGAAGCGCCUAUUUCGUGACCUCUUCAUUCGUGAAGGUUUUCAGUUUGAUUACGUGUUUGAUUGGACAAUAUUAAAGUAUCAGAAAUCACAAAUUGCCAAUCCUCCUACCCGUGCACUUAGCCCUGGUGCUGGACCAAGCUCUGGCAAACCUCCUGCAGGUGCAAUUGCUGAUAGGCGUUCAGGUGGAGAAGGUAGACCUUCUGGUUGGUCUUCCACAGAUCCUAGUCGCAGGAGACACUCUGGCCCAAUUGUAAAUUCUGGAAGCUUAGCUAAACAAAACAAUCCAGUAGCAAAUGAUCCACCUUUUGCUAAAGAGCCUAUGGUAAUGUUGUCUGGUUCUAAUUUCGUGCAAUCAAGUGGAUCUUCAAGGCAAGCUGCCGUCUCUAGCAGUCGUGAUGCAGCAAUCACAGUUAGUGGCUCUGAACGCUCUCACCUUCGCACCAAUGAUCCAAGUGCAGGGCCACCCCUGAAAAUCUCUAGUGGGCAGAGAAGCUCACCUGUUUUAUCAGCAGAGAACAAGCACUCAUCUUCUGGUAGAAAGACAUCAAAUAUAAAAAAUUUAGAGUCUGCUCUGAGGGGCAUUGAAAGCCUGCAAUUUAGGAAUGAUGAGAGGUUACUCUAUUAGCCAACAACCUACAUGAAAUUCUUACCUCCUGUAAAUUUUAAGAUGGCAUACUUUCUUACGUGCUAGGAGUGGGGGAUGUUGUCUGUGUGUUGUGCUUUUAAAAAUCCAAGAUCAGAAGUGCAAGAUAAGAUUGGCCAAGUCCAAGUUGAGAAUCACAACUUUAAGUAGUAACAAAAAGAGAAUCAGGAAGAGUUAGAUGCCCAAUGACACAAACCCAGGUACAAUACUUUCGUCAAAAUAUCUAGGUAAGAAGGCAUUUUGUCUAAAUAAAGUUUUAAAUGUCUUUGCUACAUUUUCAGUUAAAUGUUCUUUUAUCAUAUCUUUCAUCAUAUGCUUUUUGUGGAUCAUGUAACCAUUGUCAAAUUCAAAGCAGGCUGCUUAUUGAAUUGAUUUUGAAUUGUUUGGUGGUUGCAUUUGGAACACAAUGCUUGUCAACAUUCAAUUUAGUUUAAGACUCUUUCUAUCUGCCCAAACUAACUAGCACUAGUUUGGUUGCUUUUAUCAUUUAAUGUUGGAAAAUGAAUCAAGGUCAAAUGUCAAAACUCUCAACAGCAAUGGCCAACGGUUGAGGUGAUUAAAGGAUAUCAUUCAUUCUUGACGAUAAAUGCCUGUGUUUUUAUCAUUUUUACUUUAACAUAUAACUUGUAUUUACUAUGACUAAAGUUCAAUGUUAGGUCCCAAUAUGGAAACAAGGAACGGAGUUAUAGGCAUUAGAAUUUGAAAUUUAGACUUGUUGAAUAUUAUAUUUUAAUGAUGGGUGCAUUAAUUGAAUUUUAAUGCUUUCAUGACUCUAGUAUGCUCUUUGAAUUUCAAUGCUUUUAUGACAAUAGUAUUGUAAUAGAAGCGAAAAGAAAAUGAGAGCUACCUCCCUAUUAUAACCAACGGACAGGGGCAAGAAAAGGUAAACUAGUACAUGACGGACGGAGUCGUUUCCACAUUUUCUUUUUUGUGUCACGAGGAAAAAGAGAUGAAAAGAACUUUGGGUUUCUUUCUUUUUUUUUUUCCUUCUUUUUUUUGUCUUUUGUUUUCCGACUGACAGAGUCUAGAUACAGACUCCCGGUAUGCCUGCUUUUAUGGGAAUGAAUGAAUGAAAGA